UCUCUGCUGCGGCACAAGUUUCCCAAGUAACAUCAACAUAGGAGGCCUGUUCCCCACGGGCUCCCAUGAGUACGAGGUGUUUCGCUUUGCCCUGGCGCGACACCAGGACGCCCCCAAACUGAUGCCACAAGUGGAUAUGGUGGACACAGGCAGCAGCUUCGCCAUGACCUAUGCCUUCUGCUCCCAGUUCUCAAAGGGCGUAUAUGCCAUCAUGGGUUUGUACGACAGGCGGACGGUCAACAUGCUGAUGUCUUUCUGCGGCUCUCUGCAUGUCUGCUUUGUCACGCCGUCCUUCCCAGUUCAGACCAACAAUCAGUUUGUGCUUCAGUUGAGGCCCCAACUGCAGGAGCCACUCAUGGCUCUGCUGGAGCAUUUCGACUGGACCAGGUUCGUCUACAUGUACAGCUCUGACUCAGGUCUGUCGGUGCUACAGAGGAUCCUGGACACAGCGGCGGAGCAGAGCUGGCAGGUCACCUCUGUGAACCUGGACACUCUGACGGAAGCGGCUUUCAUCAAGCUGCUGGUGGAUCUCGAUUACAAGAAGGACUAUCGUAUCAUCAUCGACUGUGAGCUGGACCGACUCAACUCCAUUCUCAACCUGAUUGCUGCUCAGAAGAGAAACUUAAAGAACUACCAUUAUAUUAUUGCCAAUUUGGGCUUCAUGGACCUGAACUUCACAGAGUUUCAGAAGCUGGGUGCCAACGUGACAGGCUUCCAGCUCAUGAACGCGUCAGACCCGAUGGUGGAGAAAGUCAACCAGGACUGGCUCGAGUUCGACAGCAAAGACCUUAAACUGGCCCGCAGGAGGCUGAAGUACACAGGUGCUCUGACCUAUGACGGUGUUAGCGUCAUGGCGACGGCGUUCCAGAACCUCCGGAAACAACGGAUAGACAUCUCUCGCCGUGGCAACGCAGGGGAGUGCCUGGCCAACCCCCCCGCUCCCUGGGGACAGGGCAUUGAUAUACAGAGAGCCCUGCAACAGGUGCGUCUGGAGGGGCUCAGUGGUCAUGUGCAGUUUGAUGAGCGAGGUCAUCGCACCAACUACACCCUGACUGUUAUGGAGCUCAGCCACGUGGGACCGAGGAAGGUUGGCUACUGGAACGAGAACGAGCGCUACGUCAACACAGCCGUCUACCAGCCAGUGAUAGAGGUGUUUUACGGCCUGCAGAACCGAACCUACGUAGUCACCACCAUACUGGAAGCUCCCUACGUGAUGCUGAAGAAGAACCAUGAGCAGCUUGUUGGAAACGACAAGUACGAGGGCUACUGUGUCGAACUGGCCACGGAGAUCGCCAAGCACGUCGGCUUUGCCUACCGGCUUGAGCUGGUCGGUGACGGAAAGUAUGGCUCCAGAGACCCAGAGACCAAGAUCUGGAACGGCAUGGUGGGAGAACUAGUGUAUGGGAAAGCUGAUGUGGCGGUUGCCCCACUUACCAUCACUCUGGUGCGUGAGGAGGUGAUUGACUUCACCAAGCCCUUCAUGUCUUUGGGAAUCUCCAUCAUGAUCAAGAAACCCACCAAGUCCAAGCCGGGCGUCUUCUCCUUCCUCGACCCGCUGGCCUACGAGAUCUGGAUGUGCAUCGUCUUUGCCUACAUCGGAGUUAGCGUUGUGCUCUUCCUGGUCAGUCGCUUCAGUCCGUAUGAAUGGCAAGGUGAUGACUCUGAUGAUGAAGAUGAACAAGCCCCGCCCUCUUCUUCCUCUUGUCGAGCUCCGCCCACUUCUUCCUCUGAACCAGGGUUCUCCCAGAAUCCCAACCAGAACCAGCAGAAAGAGAAAGAGACACCCGAACACACCAAUGAGUUCGGCAUUUUCAACUCCCUCUGGUUCUCACUUGGGGCCUUCAUGCAGCAGGGCUGUGACAUCUCCCCCAGGUCUCUCUCAGGUCGAAUUGUGGGAGGGGUAUGGUGGUUUUUCACCCUCAUCAUCAUCUCCUCCUAUACAGCCAACCUGGCAGCCUUCCUCACCGUGGAGAGGAUGGUCUCACCCAUAGAGAGCGCAGAUGAUUUGGCCAAACAGACAGAAAUAGCCUAUGGCACCUUGGACGGAGGGUCCACCAAAGAGUUCUUCAGGCGAUCAAAGAUAGCAGUUUUUGAGAAGAUGUGGUCAUAUAUGCGGAGCGCGGACCCCUCAGUGUUUGUCAAGAACACCAACGAGGGAGUCAUACGGGUCAGAAAGUCAAAAGGGAAGUACGCUUACCUGCUGGAGUCCUCAAUGAAUGAGUACAUUGAGCAGAGGAAGCCCUGUGAUACUAUGAAAGUUGGAGGCAAUCUGGACUCUAAAGGCUACGGAGUUGCCACACCCAAAGGAUCACCCCUCAGAAACCCCGUUAACUUGGCAGUGUUAAAACUGAACGAGCAGGGCCUGUUGGACAAAUUGAAAAACAGAUGGUGGUAUGACAAGGGAGAGUGCGGCACCGGGGGAGGGGACUCCAAGGACAAGACAAGCGCGCUCAGCCUGAGUAACGUGGCUGGAGUGUUUUACAUUCUGAUUGGUGGGCUGGGCCUGGCCAUGCUGGUGGCAUUGGUCGAGUUCUGCUACAAAUCCCGGAUUGAGUCUCGAAGAAUGAAGGAGCUCAUCGAUGCUGCCAUGAUGAGCACCAGCCUUGGCGGGAUGUCUGGAGGAGGAGGAGGAGGAGCAACGGGAAUGGGCAGUUUAGCAGCAGGAGGAGGAGGAGGAGCAGCAGGAGGAGGUGUGUUGGGUCUCGGAGGGGAGAAUGGCCGCGUGGUGGCGCACGAUUUCCCAAAAACUGGAGCUCAGGGUCUGCCCUGCAUGAGCAAGGCAGCCGGCCUGGGACUCUCCUCCACGGGCAUGUGAUCAGAACCAAGACCCCCCAUUGGAUGGAAUCCCCCUGUCUGUCUACCUGUCUGACUGUCUGUGUGUCGGUGUGGGACCUUUCUGAGGGGAGCAGGGAAAAGAUAGAGAGGGGAAGGAGAGAGAGGAAGAGAAAGAAAUAAAGGAAAGAAUAUCAGCCCAGGGAGGCAGAUAGAGUGAGAUGGAGUAGCAGAGAAAAGGAUGGAUGGAGGAAGGAAAAACGAAAAUGGAGGAAAGCAGGGAGACAAAGGAAGGAGAGAGAGGGAAGGUGGAAAAGAGGAAAGAGAGGAGAGGGAAAGAAUGAGGAGGGACUGUUUGCAUGGCCGGCAGACAGAGAGGGAACUGCCGUGAUGAAAGUGAAGCACAUUGACUCUCCCUGCUUCACCAUCACUGGACUAAUCCACUGGAUAGCGGGGUCAGGCUGAAACCCAACACAAAUGAACUGAACUGAAGUGAACAGCAGAAGAAACCAACGGCAUGGAACGCACCUGAACACGACCAAACCCGACAGAGCAGAGCCGGGUCAGCGCUCCCGUGUACUCCUGGGCUUUAACAAACUAUCGAACUGAACUUCCUUUUUUUUUUUUUUUUCUACAAACGCUGUCUUAAGCAAAACUCCUCUUGUACCGUGAGAACACAGAGCCUAGAGGAAAGCAGGAGAGGGGUCAAUUUUUAAACUUGUCUUAAAAAAAAAA